CUUUUAUGUAGAAGCUUUGCUCUUGUUGUUAGAGAAAACCUAUAACUUGUGUUGCACUCUAGCAACUUACGGUAAUUUAAAAACCCUAAAAUUAUAGGGAGACGAUUUACUCGAUAACACCAUCAGGAACAGAAGAUAGAGGCUAAAUGAAUGAUCUCAGCUUGUCGGAUUUGAAAAAAUCGAGAAACCAUUUCAGGUUGCAUCUCAUAAUUAGGUUUCUUGAAAAGAAACUAGGAAUUAGCAGAGGAGAAGAUAGGAUAAGCUUAUUACCUGAAUCUUUGUUAUGUCAUAUACUUAGCUUUCUUACAACUGGGGAAGCUGUUUGGACAAGUGUUUUGUCCUCUAGAUGGAGAACUCUCUGGCAAUGGGUUCCGAGGUUAGAAGUAGACACGUUUGAAUUCCCGAAUCACAAAGCCUGUGUGGAUUUCAUCAACAAGUUUCUGAAUUGCCAGAUCGAAUUCUACUUACGUGAAUUCAAGUUAAUCACUGGAAAUCAUGUUUCUCGUUACGAGCCGUGUUUAAGUAGAGUGAUCAAGCACAAGAUCCAACAUUUGCAAGUUGAUAAUAAGCUUGGAUUUCGGAACAUUAAGAUACCCUUAAACCAAUCUGUGUGUGAGAAUUUGGUAUGCUUAAAGCUCCAUUUUGCAAGGCUGACUGAUUUUGAGUCUCUUUCCUUACCUUAUCUCAAGAUUAUGUACUUAGAAGGUGUUACAUUUUCUAGGUAUGUAGUUGUGUUUGAUACUCCGAGGCUUGAGUAUAUGAGUCUCAUAGAUUACAAAUUCAAAAGAUUCUUGAAGAUAAUCAGUAUGAGUGGCUCUGUCAAGGUUGAUAUCGAUGUCGACUUUGAGCUAAUGCGUCAUACCUUAUCGGAAAGAAAUAUCAUCUAUAAUCUUCUCAACAAUUUUUCCACCGUUGGAGAUAUGACCCUCUCAUGCAAAACUCUUAAGGUAUAUAUAAAACUAAUGAUUAGCUAUAAACUUUUUCAUUACCAUUGUUUUAAACUUUUAAUCAAUCAAAUGUUCUAUGACUUCUUCUCUUUGGUGGCAGUUAAUCUAUAGUAUCCAGCAUAUGAACCCACUACCCAAAUUUCGUGACUUGACACGUAUGCGUGCUACUAUGUUCUUAAAUGCCUCUCUGGAAGUAUUGCCAAUGGUUCUUGAGAGCUGCCCGAAUAUGAAACACUUGACCUUGGUAAUGACUUGCUUAAACUUUGCAAUUCUUACCUAAGAAAGGUUUUCUUCAUCUGCUCAUUAGUCUUGUUUGGUUUUGUUGAUUUAUCUUUGUAGGAAUUAGUUAAUGAUCAUCCAGAGGCAGUGGUAACUAAGCUUUCGACUGUGCUAUCUUUUUGUUUGGUAUCGUCUCUUGAAUCUGUUGAAAUGGAAAGCCCGAUCACGGAGAAAGCAACAGAGAAGAAACUAGUUAGAUACUUUCUGGAUAACGCGACAUCUCUCAAGAAGCUUGUUCUACGUUUGAAUCUGUCUCACGGAGAGAAACAAGAGCCUAGUCUCUAUAAAAAUCUCUUUGACUCUCCGAGACGCUCUAGUGUGUGUCAAUUUGAAGUUAUUACAAAGUGGUUCAUACUGCAAAACUAUGACUAAACUUGCUGGUCGGUCGGCUUCAAGCAUUACAUUGUUCGAAAUAGACAUAGUUGGCAACUAUGCUU